AUGGCUACCCACGGGCAGCGGGAAGGGAGGACCGUGGUUUCCCUCCUGAGCUCCGUUGUUGUUUUAGUCGCCCAAAGGCCACCCCGACCGUCUGUCUACGAUGGAGAAGAACACGGGCGGUUCAUGGAGAAACUGGAAGCUCGGAUCCGGAACCACGACCGGGAGAUCGAGAAGAUGUGCAACUUCCACUACCAGGGAUUCGUGGAUUCCAUCACGGAGCUGCUCAAGGUCAGAGGAGAAGCUCAAAAACUGAAGAACCAAGUGACGGACACCAACCGGAAGCUGCAGAACGAGGGGAAAGAACUGAUAAUUGCCAUGGAAGAGCUGAAGCAGUGCCGGUUGCAGCAGAGGAACAUUUCGGCGACGGUCGAUAAACUCACGCUGUGUCUUCCCGUGCUGGAGAUGUACAGCAAACUGCGGGAGCAGAUGAAAUCCAAGAGGCACUACCCUGCCCUGAAGACCCUGGAGCACCUGGAGCACACGUACCUGCCCCAGGUGAGCCACUACCGCUUCUGCAAGAUCAUGGUGGAUAACAUCCCCAAGCUGCGAGAGGAGAUCAAGGAGGUGUCCAUGUCAGACCUCAAGGAUUUCCUGGAGAGCAUCCGGAAGCAUUCGGACAAGAUUGGAGAGACGGCCAUGAAACAGUCACAGAACCAGGAAGGUUGGAAAAGGCCUCCAAGAUCAUCAAGGCCAAGCUUUGAAGUUCGGAAGCGUUGA